GCGAGGCCGAGAGGGGGAUUCUCCAGCAUCCAACAAUCGAAAUACUUUUGGUCUUAAUGAGCCAAGGGUUCCACGAGGUUGUUAAAUAUUUACAUAAUUGGCGGCAGUCCGCUGAUUCUUUGGCCGACUGGGGUUAGAUCGCGGCUAAUCACCAGGCUUUAAGACCCAGUGGCGUCCAGCGUUGGGGCUACAGUUGCCGUGCCAUCUGGAGUGAGUUUCAGUCAGACUCACUCGGAGAGAAGCUGGAGUUCCGCGGCGGGAUCUGACUGCGUGCCUGGAAUUCUAACCACUGCACAAGCACAUCUUGACUGCAGACAUGGAUGGGAGAGCUGCCUGCCUUGUCCUUCUCUGUCUACCUGUGAUGCUUCAUGGUCAAUAUAAUGAUCUGACAGACCUGUUCUCUAUACAGCCACAGUUCGAACAGUACGACACUCAGAUAGCUCCGACCGACUACGUACCAGAUUUCGAUUACACAGGUACAAAUUUUGAAACAGAACCCACAGAGCCUGGCCCUCUUGAUUGCAGGGAGGAGCAGUAUCCGUGUACCAGACUCUACUCUGUGCACAAGCCCUGUAAGCAGUGUCUCAAGAGCCUUUGCUUCUACAGCCUUCGUAGGGUCUACGUGGUUAACAAGGAAGUCUGCGUUCGCACUGUCUGUGCUCACGAGGAGCUACUGAGAGCUGACCUGUGCCGAGACAAGUACUCAAAGUGUGGCGUCAUGGCCAAUAGCGGGCUGUGCGGCCAGAUGGCAUCAUCGUGCGUCAAGAGCUGUGGCUCCUGCUGAGUGGGACGAGGAAGCUGAUGGAGAGGGCCUCACGUGGUGCUGUGGUCCAAGAGAUAAUCUCCAUAUAUAUCAAUAAUAUACAUUAAGUAAUUUUAGAGGAAUCAUUUUCAUAUUUCUAUAACUCUGAUGGUGCUGAGAGACUUUUCAUAUAAACCUCAUGAUUAAGUCAGUUCUUGAUGCACACAUGUUCUAGAUUAUUACUGUUUGGAGGCGAUCCUUACAAGCCAGGUUACGUUUACCUUAGGGCUUAGUUCUCCCAUCCUUUUACGAAUGUGAGUGUGGUGACUUAUGGAACAAAACAUUCACUGAUUCAUUUAGGCUUCGUUGUACUUGUCUGGGAAAAUUGUGGUGGGGCGAAGAGUUCCUCACAAUGAAUUUACUGCCCCUCUUAAUCCAGUUUCUUGGGAGGGGAGAAAAAUUGAGAGUACUUUUCUCUUUCAUUCUGUCAACUCUUCCUUCCUUGAUUUUGAUCUUUUAGCCUUUGCUAUUCCCCAGAUCUCACCACCAAAGUCCAUCCUGCAACUAACUGCUUUUCUGAAGGCAGUCUGAUAGUUGAAGUUGUUCUGACACAGCACAAAAAGCCAGAUUAUGGAACCAGUCAAACACUCUUCAUUUCAUAUUUCCAAGAGACAACCAACUGGCAGACUAUCUUAAAUAGUGAGGGUAUUCGCACCCCCUCCUCGCCUUUGCACGAGUUUUCCCUCUGAUGGACGUUAGUAUUCCAGUCCGUAGAUCGUACCUCAGAACUCACAGGCACUUCUGCGUCUGCAGUUUGGCGUGGUUACACAGUACUCCUGGUGUCAGGGUGAAGUGUGAACACUCUGCUUCACAUUACACUGAUCCCGUGUGCCACCUCAAGUCUGAUUCUGUCAAGAUGGACGAUUUAUUUUGAGAUAAUAAUUGAUGACUGUUAAUGUAACACUCAGCAACAUUUAGUAAGCGUUCAGUAUUUUCUACUUGCCAGAUGGUUUUUGGUGCCACUGUUCUUUCUCCCCCAUACGUAGGAGUGUAGCGAACCUACUUGUGGGUGUCUGCGAGAUUGAAUGGACAUGGCAGUUGUUAAUAAACACUGCAUCAUGGCCAGUGGCGAAUGAUGUGAGGCUGGGUGGGGAUGCUGAUCUAACCUUUUCUCUCUAAUGGUGCCACCACGCUCAUCAUAUCAAAAAGUCAAGAAACCAUUAAUAUGUGGCUUUAAGCUUUUAAUGAAAUACAUCUGGAUGGGUUCCAGGACAUGUGCUUGGGAGUGUAGUGCAGGGGCUCUGAAAUGGUUCCAACAAUUAUGCCACAACUUUUGAAUCCCCCGUUUCACAAACGUGCCAGUGUAUAAGUUUUUCAGAUGGAUUAAAAGAUAUUCACAAGGGAUGUGAAUUUUAUGCUUACACUUUUACAAUUAUUUUAGCUUUCCACUCACCUGUCCACUCUGUAGCAUCCAUCAUGAUUCCCAGACUGACUACCACACCUUUAAGCUUCAUCCUUGCAAUAUGCUUCUGGGCAGAUUUCGAUCUUUCUGACCUUUCUCCAACCUGUCUGAUAUUGCCAUAGGAAUGCCAAACAUGUCUUCCUGAUCAAAAAUGCAUUUGCUAUCACAAUAUGUGAACAGUUCUGGUAAACCAGUUAUGAAGUAUGUAAAUGUCCACACGUUAGUAUCAGUAUUAAGAUUCUGCAAUCAUGAUGAACUCACCUAAGGAACGUGAAGCCGCUUGGUCACACUGACACUCCGAUGAAUUGCUACAUCCUCGUGUUGCUGUGGUAUUGUUGCAUUACUGUUUAAGUGUGUACGUGUUUACUGUCAGCUGAAGCUUUCCUGGUAAUGUUCUUCAGGAGCACUGUACUGUAAUACCCUAACCAGUUAUCCAGGGGAAUUUCUGUGAACAAAUACUGGAUUUAGAGACUUUCUGAGGAGUUCGGGAUGUCUCCAUUUCAUUAAACUUGGCUUCAGUUACAUCUGUUUUUUUAAAAUAAUUUUUCAUUGAUGCUUAAAAAAAAUCUCUGUAAACAAAAAGAGGAGGUUGGGGAGCUGUAACAGGGUUUAAGGAGCGAGGCACGCCAUUUCUGCUCGUGAUAUAUUGUUAAAUGUGUUGUGUGAAAGGCUCUUAGCUCGAGCCCCUGGUCUUGCUUUGCUGCCUCUUCCCUUCCAAACUUCCAGCGAAGGUGAGGUGAGACUCAAUACUGACCAGCCAGUAGUCACAUUCUACACAGCGCUCUUGGGAUUGCCUUUCCGUGAAAUCCUGUUGUAGCCACAUGUACGGACAUAAAUACUUGGUGACCAAAGGAUUAUCAUGCAAUUAGACCUUGGGGACUGUCAGUCUGAGGCCCUUCCCAGUUUAGUGAGUACUGUCUGCUUAAGGAUCUCUGAAUGCCUAUAAUACAAAGAUUCAAGGUGGGGGAAGAGAAACAGAACAGAAACGGGGUCCAGCUGUUAAAUGUCCGCUAUUUGUUUUGGAAAAGUAGAUAGUUACAUAAUAUGUUCCUAGCAUCUUGUGGUCAAACAUCUACACCAUUCUAUAUCAGCACCAAUGGCCCAGCUCCCCUUUGAGAUCCGCAUCAGCUCAUGUUAAUUGCACCUCUGCAAAAAUGAGGAAGGAAAAUGCAGACUAUAGCGAACGGUCAGUAAACUGGAUCGGCCUUUUCACAGAACCAACGAUGGGCUGAAUGGUCGCCUUCCGCAACUCAUUGGUUCAAGUACCAGCAAUCCGUUGGGCAGCUGGCUCCAUCAAUGACUAGAGCGUUAUUCAAACGGGAAUGGGGGUAGCUGUUAAAUACUCCAGCGGCUUCCCAGUUGGUCAGCUGGCUAGGCUUUGCAGUCAUGGACCUGCAAUUGUUCUCCCUAUCCCGAAAUGUAAAUCAGCCGAAGCUCUCAUUGCUGCCCGCUAACCAAGUUACUCGUUUUCCCUGCCGGAAAAUGCUCCUAAAUAGUGACAUCAAACUGAGGUGUGCUUGGGUGUCUCCCGUGACACAAAUACCUGGUUAAGCUCACUCUCCGAGUUCAUAAAUGAAGGGCUACUUGGGUCCAUUCUACAUGGACACGAAUCCCAGGAGGUCAAUGCUUUAGAGAGGGGCAAAACUUAGGGGGGGGGGAGAGGCAAGCCUCAUUAAAACGAGCGCUCAUUACUCUGUACACUUCGACAUGUGGAAAAAUGAAACUUGAGACACCUACUUGCUCGGAACUCCUCGGUAUAAACGUUCUUGAAGUGCGAUUGGGAGGAGGUGCCGCAGUAUGUAUAGCUGAGUGAGAUAUUUCCGUGUAAUCUGAUUCAUAUAACUGAUAUAUUCUGUUUUGUACAAAAUUAAAAAUCACUUAAACAUCAAGAUAA